AUGAGUACAUACGGCCUGCCCAAUGGCGCGGCCUCGCAAUGGGAGAGUUCUGGCCGGGCACGUUUCCACCAUAAUGACACCGAGGGGUUUGGGGAGAAGGUGACGAAUAUGUUCACGGGUGGGAGGAAGGAUUCGUUGCCGAUGUAUAAGGAUAAGCCGUAUAAUUAUUCUGGGCCCGGUGGGAGGAGACAUUUGCCGCCUUGGGCGCGGAAGAAGAGGACGUUAGGGGGCGUGCUGGCGGUGUUGGCGUUGUUGAGCUGGUGGUUUGGGGUGUUGUCGCCUUUGUCGUGGAUUUCGAGUAAGAGCAGCGGGGAGGCGAGUAAAACUCAGAGUAAGGGCUGGUUUGGUGGGAAGGAGGUGGUGAAUUGGGACGAGAGGGCAGAGAGGGUGAAAGAUGCGUUCAAGAUUUCAUGGGCUGGGUAUGAAAAGUAUGGAUGGGGGUAUGAUGAGUAUCACCCAGUCACACACACUGGCAAGCAGAUGACGCCUCAGGGGCUGGGCUGGAUUAUAGUCGAUGCGCUCGAUACGAUGAUGCUCAUGAACAUGACAACGGAGUUGACCCAUGCGCGGCAAUGGGUCCAUUCAAACCUCACGUACGAUCAGGAUCACGAUGUGAAUACUUUUGAGACGACCAUUCGAAUGUUGGGUGGAUUGCUGUCGGCGCAUUAUCUCAGUGUUGGCUUCCCGGGCAAGUUCGCACCUGUGCAGGACGAUAUCAGUGACGAUAUAUACGUUGAGAAGGCAGCAGAUCUGGCCGAUCGACUGCUGAGUGCGUAUGAAACACAAUCUGGUGUUCCGCUUGCGAGCGUCAAUCUCCACACUUACAAAGGCAUUCCAUCCCACGCAGACGCAGGCGCCUCGUCGACUGCUGAAGCAACGAGCUUACAACUGGAGAUGAAGUAUCUGGCCAAACUGACCGGAGAAUCACAUUACUGGGAGAAGGCCGAGAGGGUGAUGAGAGCCGUUGAUGACAAUCAGCCAGCAGACGGGCUCGUUCCAAUCUUCAUCUAUGCCGACCGAGGGACAUUCCGUGGCGACAACAUUCGAUUUGGCAGUCGAGGCGAUAGCUAUUACGAGUACCUUAUUAAGCAGUACUUGCAGACUUCACAAGAGGAGCCAGUCUACCAAGCGAUGUGGAACGAGAGUAUGGUCGGAAUGAAGAAGCAUCUGAUCACGUACAGCUCACCGAACAACUUCACGGUGCUUGCUGAGCGACCGAAUGGAUUGAACAAGGACCUUGAAGCCAAGAUGGACCAUCUCGUUUGCUUCUUGCCGGGCACGCUGGCUUUGGCUACAACGGGUGGACUGCCACUGAGUCAGGUGCAGAAGCGACCAAACUGGGGAGAGCAACAAGAAGAGGAUAUGGAGCUCGCGCGAGAAUUGACCAAGACCUGUAUGGGAAUGUACCACACAGAGUCAGGACUGGCGCCAGAAAUCGCACAUUUCAACAUCCACGACCCACCGCUAAUAUACAACGACUUCAAGCCAAAGGAGAAGCCAAAGAGUCCGGAAUCAUUUGUAAAGUGCAAGAACACGGCGUGUACAGAAAAAGAAGAAAUCGGUCAAGACGACUACAUCUUCAAGCCGGCCGACAAACACAAUCUACAACGACCAGAGACGGUGGAGAGCUUAUUCUACAUGUGGCGGAUCACAGGCGACGAGAUCUACCGCCAAUGGGGCUGGGAGAUGUUCCAAGCCUUCAUCAAAUGGACCGCAGUCGAAGAUGGCGAAGGAUUCAGCAGCGUCUCCGACGUCACGAAAUUGCCGCCCCCGAUGCGUGACAACAUGGAGAGUUUCUGGAUGGCCGAAACUCUCAAAUACUUCUACCUGCUCUUCUCGCCCAACGACCUCCUCCCGCUCAACGACGUCGUCUUCAACACCGAAGCACACCCCUUCCCGCGCUUCCAGAUGGGCAAGCUCUUCACGACGGGCUGGGAGAGGAAGGCGGAUCGCAAGGAGGAAACCCCUCCUCUCAACGAUGGCGAUGGGCAUUUCAAGAUCCAGACGAUCAAGGUUACGCAUACCGUGCAGCAGGAGGUUGUGGCUCCCGAGACGGCGACGGCUACGAGGGAGGUUGCUGAGGCGGCGGAGGCGGUGGUUACGCAGGAGGUUGUUGCUUGA